AUGACUACAUAUACAUCCACACCUCUCUUCGGGGGCGCCCUCAUAGUUGAUCUCCCCUCUACAUUCGCCGACGUCAGUACAAUAAGACAAGUUCCCGAUCAUCAAGAAGUCUAUUUGGAUAAAGAUGGCUUCACAAGUAUCAUCUUCGAUAUCACAGAGCGAGUAGGAACAGCAGGUUCCAGCCCGGCGACCGAUGGAGCGGCUAUGACGACUCAUUUGGAAGAUAUCGUGGAUUCGGAUCUUGAUACUGUAAAAGUAUGGUCGAUUACCGAUACGAAGUUUACCAAAUUACCAGAAGGCAUACCAGCCUACACUCUAAUUGCAACUCAAACGCCACCACACGAUCCUAAUUCCCAUGCCUCGGCUCCGGAUUUCACAGCAAUAGUACUCAAUCUGAUUCGUUUGGAGCGGGAGAGUACGGAUAUUUUGGUCACGAUUAAUGUUCCACAUAUUAAAGGUGAAUAUUCGGCUGAUGAUGUAGAUUUGCAAUUGGGGAAACAGGGAAAGUUGAUUGAGAAUGCGGUGGAACAUGCGGCGAAGAUUUGGGAGACGUUUAAGAUUAAGGAUUGGGGGCUUUUUGAUGAGGUUUAG